UCUUGUUCGAUAUUUUCCUUCUAUUGUUUAUUAAUGGCUAGAAAUAUACCUCAUAGGGUAAAUAAGUGGAUAAUUCAGGGUUCGAGCUUCAGUCCCUUGCAUAUUAAUCAAUACACACCAUGUCUCGACCAAUUGAGUUAUGCUUACUAGACUUUUUUUAAACUUACAUUUCAACCUUUAUUUUUGUUGGUUAUCAUGAUGUUACGUAGUUUUCACCACCGUUUAAUGAUGACUAAUCUCUGUCGAAGAAUCUGUAGGGUACACAAAGUGAGUUCUCUCCCCUCAACCGAAAUUUUUCCAUACCCAUGAGCCAAAAAUCGAACCCCUAUCAUAUGUUUAAGGGGUCCAAGUCUUUUACCACUUAGACCUUGGUUACAUUUCAACCUUUUAUAGUAAUGGAACAAGCUUUUAUAUUUUUUUUAUAAACAAAUAUUAUUGGUUAGUUUGCUAGGAAAGGAGAGUUUGUUAGCACUAAGAUGGAACCCUUGAAUUCUUUUCUUAGGACUCAUUCAACCUCUUAACAUAUACCAAUGAGCUACACACGAUUGGAUCUAUGCAUAAUGAAGUGUAGGACAUUGGAAUUUUAGCAAUAAGUGGUUAGGCCGAAAGCAAAAGAUUGAUCUAAAUGAAAGACGUAAAAAAUGUGAUUCAUAAACUCAGUGCUUAAAGUUUUGUUGGAGAUAUAAUGUCUUGGUCUAUCAUUGGAGAUAUAGCGCUUUAAGGUUUGUUAUUUUAACAAGUCCAUGAUUUGAUAUGCUAUAACUACAACAAUAUACAUUUGAUCUAUUAAUUAAUAGUUGUCUUUUUCCAAUCUAAUGGUUUGAAGGUGAAAGUAAUUUAUGAAGAAUCUCAGAUUUAAAUCUGAAUAACCAUAUUUUUCCCUCCCAUUGAUUUUGCAAAAGUGAAUUGAUGGAGGAGUUUGUAAAAUUAUGUUGACUCACCAUGGUUUUGAGAAAUUCACGAAUCACGAUUAAAAAAAGUUUAGAUGAGUUGGGUUCCGGACACUCACCAGAGUCAUGACAAAUCUCAAAAGAGAUCGUCACGUUAAUAACGGAGGUUGGAACCACAAAAUGUCGAGUAAGUUAACUCUUUAUCAACUAAGUCAACCUUCAUCGGUAAAUUCACCGAUACUAAACAUACAUCAAAGUACAAUGAAUAAGAUAAUCAAAAUACUCGACCAAAGUUAAUAACAUUUUUCAUUAAACAUAAUUAAGAAUAAGAAGCUCCCUCCACAUGUCCAUGAUUGAAUUGCUGCCGUCUUGCCGGGACCCAUAUAUUUAGAGCUAAUAAUAAACAAAGGGUUCUCACCUUCUUAUUCAUAAGAGAAGACUGAAAUGAAGAAGCCAAGCCACAUAGAAAAUAUCUAGCAUGGAAGGGAUGAAGUUGAGCUUAUAGAAGAAAUUGUCAAAUGUUUGUCAUCCAAGUUGAAUCUGAUGUACCAAAGUGAGUUAACAGAUCUUGUUGGAAUUGAAGAAAGGAUUGCAGAUUUGGAGUCAUUGUUAUGCUUAGAUUCAACUGCAGAUGUUCUUGUCAUUGGCAUUUGGGGCAUGGGCGGUAUUGGGAAGACAACUCUCGCAGCUGCAGUGUAUAACCGUCUUUGUUUUGAAUAUGAAGGAAGUUGCUUUAUGGCAAACAUAACAGAAGAAUCAGAGAAGCAUGGAAUGAUUUAUCUGAAGAAUAAAAUUCUUUCUAUAUUGCUAAAGGAAAAUGAUCUACAUAUUGGUACACCUAUUGGAGUUCCCCCUUAUGUUAAGAGAAGGUUGGCUCGUAAAAAGGUUCUUCUUGUUCUGGAUGAUAUCAAUGAUUUAGAGCACUUAGAGAAUUUAGUUGGAGGACUUGAUUGGUUUGGAUCUGGUAGUAGAAUCAUCGUAACAACCAGAGAUAAGCAAGUGCUCGGUAAAAGAGUCAAUUGUACAUAUGAGGCCAAGGCAUUGCAGUCUGAUGAUGCUAUUAAACUUUUCAUCAUGAAUGCCUUUGAACAUGGCUGUCUUGACAUGGAGUGGAUUGAGCUAUCAAGAAGGGUUAUUCAUUAUGCUAAUGGAAAUCCAUUAGCUUUGAAAGUUUUAGGUUCUUUUCUUUAUGGUAAAAGCAAAAUAGAAUGGGAGAGUCAAUUGCAGAAACUGAAGAAAAUGCCUCAUGCAAAAAUUCAGAAUGUAUUGAGAUUGAGUUAUGAUAGACUUGAUCGAGAAGAGAAGAACAUAUUUUUGUAUAUUGCAUGUCUUUUGAAGGGAUAUGAAGUGCAACAGAUAAUAGCUCUGCUUGAUGCCUGUGGUUUCUCAACAAUUAUCGGAUUAAGAGUCCUUAAAGAUAAAGCCCUUAUAAUUGAAGCCAAGGGCUCUGGAAGAUCAAUUGUAUCCAUGCAUGAUUUGAUACAAGAAAUGGGUUGGGAGAUUGUUCGAGAAGAAUGUGUUGAAGACCCUGGGAAACGCAGCAGGUUAUGGGAUCCUAAUGAUGUUCAUCAAGUAUUGACAAAUAACACGGGAACUAAAGCCAUUAAAAGCAUAACUCUGAACGUCUCAAAAUUUGAUGAGCUGCACUUAAGUCCUCAAGUCUUUGGUAGGAUGCAGCAGUUAAAAUUUCUUAAAUUUACCCAACAUUAUGGCGAUGAGAAAAUCCUGUAUCUUCCUCAGGGUCUUGAAUCUUUACCAAAUGACCUACUGCUUUUUCAAUGGGUUAGUUACCCUUUGAAAUCCUUGCCUCAGUCUUUUUGUGCAGAAAAUCUUGUUGAGCUAAAAUUGACUUGGAGCCGAGUGGAAAAACUUUGGGAUGGGAUCCAGAAUAUUCAGCAUUUAAAGAAAAUUGACCUCAGUUAUUCCAAAUAUCUGCUAGACCUCCCUGAUUUUUCAAAGGCCUCAAAUCUUGAAGAAAUAGAACUCUUUGGUUGCAAAAGUUUGCUUAAUGUUCAUCCUUCAAUUUUACGUCUCAACAAGCUUGUGCGACUGAACCUAUUUUACUGCAAAGCGCUUACCAGUCUUCGAAGUGAUACCCAUUUACGAUCCCUUCGCGAUCUCUUCCUCAGUGGUUGCUCAAGACUCGAAGAUUUUUCAGUGACAUCUGAUAAUAUGAAAGACUUAGCUUUAUCUUCAACAGCUAUCAAUGAAUUGCCCUCAUCAAUUGGUAGUCUCAAAAAUCUCGAAACAUUGACUCUUGAUUUCUGCAAGAGCCUAAACAAGCUUCCAAACGAAGUUAUCGACCUGAGAUCACUUCGAGCUCUUUAUGUUCAUGGAUGCACACAACUUGAUGCGUCAAAUCUUCAUAUCCUACUUAGCGGUUUAGCUUCUUUAGAAACAUUAAAGCUGGAAGAAUGUCGUAACUUAUCCGAAAUUCCAGACAACAUCAGCUUGCUAUCAUCGUUGCGGGAGUUGUUACUAAAAGAAACUGAUAUUGAGAGAUUUCCUGCAAGCAUCAAGCAUCUUUCUAAGCUGGAAAAGCUUGACGUAAAGGGCUGCAGGAGGCUUCAAAAUAUGCCAGAGCUUCCGCCAUCACUAAAAGAGUUAUAUGCUACUGAUUGUUCGUCUUUAGAGACUGUAAUGUUCAAUUGGAAUGCUUCUGAUCUACUACAACUACAAGCAUAUAAGUUACACACACAAUUCCAGAACUGUGUUAACUUGGAUGAACUUUCACUCAGGGCUAUUGAAGUAAAUGCUCAAGUAAACAUGAAGAAAUUGGCAUAUAAUCAUCUCUCAACAUUAGGAAGCAAAUUUCUUGAUGGUCCAGUUGAUGUGAUCUACCCAGGAAGUAAAGUUCCAGAGUGGUUGAUGUACAGAACAACAGAGGCUUCAGUGACUGUUGAUUUCUCUUCUGCUCCAAAAUCUAAGUUUGUUGGUUUCAUCUUCUGCGUCGUUGCUGGUCAGCUACCAUCAGACGAUAAAAAUUUCAUUGGAUGUGAUUGUUACUUGGAAACUGGUAAUGGCGAAAAGGUCUCCCUUGGAAGCAUGGAUACAUGGACUAGCAUACAUUCCUCUGAGUUUUUUUCUGACCAUAUUUUUAUGUGGUAUGAUGAAUUGUGUUGCCUGCAAAACAGUAAACCUGAAAAGGAAAACAUGGAUGAACUCAUGGCCAGUUAUAUUCCAAAGGUUUCAUUUGAGUUCUUUGCUCAAAGUGGAAAUACUUGGAAAAAGAGGGAGAAUAAUAUGAUAAGAGGGUGUGGAGUCUGUCCAAUAUAUGAUACAGAAUAUUUUGAUUUCAUUAAACAAAUGGAAUUAGAGUUGGAAAUGACAUUGCAAUCUAUAGCAAAUGAAAGGUCAGCUCAGUGCAAUGAUAAGAAAGAAAAACUGGGUCCAAAACAACCAUGCAAGAAAUUCUUUCCACCCUUUCAAACUGGAAUUUGGAAGAGUGCAACACAGGGCUUGAAAGAUAUAUUGUUCUUGUGAUUUGUUGUAAGGGGUGAGAAUAGGUAGACCGACCGACAGGGGCCUACGGUUAGCCGCAACAUUGGACUUUCGCUCUCAACUUAGUCGCAUGGGCACUGUGCAGAGGAUAUUAUCUGUCUAAGUUUGGUACAUGCAUGAAGGUUCAGACCCUUGAGAAUGGGGUCAUGGAGGACAUGGUAGGUUCAUAUGGAAGCUAGUUAACUUAGUUGACCAAGCAAUUUUGGGUUGUCACCUUGCUGAUGAGGUAGUUAUCUAUAUUAUUACUAGUGUUGGCGAUGAUUUUGUAUGAUGUAAUAUGUGAGUUAGAGGGUCAAGUACAUGGCAAACAAGGUUAAUGUAGAUUUCUUAGUUCAUUGUAAUAUUAAAAAAAAAAAAAAAAAAA